CAAUAUGGAGUACAUUUAUCUCAGAACUUUGUUAUGUAGUUCUGUUGGAUACCGAAGCAAGUAUCUAUCCAACAGGUCGUUGGGUAGGUACUUGGCCGGAGUGGUGAUGUAGGCUAAAAAAGACAAAGAAAAUGGAUGGUAUCUGAUUUUGAAACAUUUCGACGACACAUGUUGCCAUUGCUCCAUUCUGGUUCAUCAAGAUAUUAUUGGAUAUACUAUGGCUCAUGGAAAUUGAGGAGUCGCACCAACACCAAAAGAAAACAUGGAUGGGCAGCAACCCUCAUUGUGGUUGAAAUAUGUGGAUGCUAGCUCGAUCAGUGUUAAUACACUAGCUCAUCAAACAACCCCUCCAUUGAUGUUAGAAGGAAGUGAUAUUGUAAUUGGAACAGUGAGUGGGGAGCAGGUAGAGCAGAUGUCUGUUGGUGAGGCAGAAUUACAUUCCCCACUGACAUCUCUGUCUGAAAAUGAGGUUGAAACUCAAGGCUCUGAAAUUACAGUUCCACUAGUUACAAUUUCAGAGCCAAAGACGUCCCAGCAAAGUAUCUUGAAGCGGCCAACACGCAGCCUUCUGACACACAAUAGAAGCAAAGGAUUUAGAAAAAUUGUUGUUUAUCCUCGUCGGCAGCAGAGUGAAGAUGAACACACCAGGGGUGAGUAUGGAGUCAGCCUGCCAGAUGCUGCCAGUGCCGCUAAUGCCGUCACAGUGUAUAGAACAGAAGCCGAUCUAGGCAGUGCAAUGGCGAUUAUAUCGUCAGCGGCCACAGAUGUGGAUCCUACACGCGUUCAGACGGAUCAAGCUCAAUCUGAUCCAAGCUUUAGCAUCUCGGUCGCCGGAGUAGAAUCGGGUGACGCAGUGCUGUCAGCCAUGGUAGGGGAUGAGUUUACAUCGGAAGACGAUUUUCUGACAGUAGUUAACCCUGUCAGCGGCAGUGUGACAAUGAUGCCCUUCAAGGACCUCUUUGAGGACAAGAACAACACGCUCAUGACGCCUCAGGAGCUUGAGAGCAUGCCGGAGAAUGGCAUUGAGUUUGAAGAGUCGGUCGGGCCGAAGGAGGCACAAGCUGAUGAAAUGAGUCUAAUGGAGCUCGUUGGCGACUCGGGAGAAAAGCUACUAGGCAAAGCACGCAACCGAGUGGCAGUUUGCCGGAAGAACGCCUCAACGAAGGCUCCGAAUUACACACUCGGGAAAGUUCUUGUCAAGACGGACAAUGCGACGAAGAUCACUCAGAUCGUGAUCAAUCCGGAUCAGCUGCAGAAGAUCCACCAACUGAUCUGCAGCACUACGAGUGCAGAUGUUAGUGGAAAAACGCUUGAGUUGAAACCUGCAAAUGGCGAAUUGCUUGAUGGAGUGAUAACUGACAAGCAGGAGGUGAUGGUUUCACCGGCCGACGCUGCACUCAUGGUCGCCACGAUGGAAAAAGAGAGUGAGCUUGGUGAUGUUGCUAAUGGCCAUCUUUUAUCCGUUGAGGAGAGCGACCAUCAGGCCACUACUACAUGUAGUAGAGAGCUUUAUAUUGUCACCGAAGAUGGAAAGCGUCUUAUGCUUCGAUUUAAUCCUGAUCCUAGUGAUCAAUGUGAUACAGAACCCGUGAGUAAGAAGAGAUUCGUCUGCCCUCUACCUGACUGUCGAAAAGUAUUUACAAAGGACAACAAGUUUAGGAUUCAUAUGACUUCACACUCAUAUGACAGACCCCACAAGUGCACAGUGGAUGGCUGUGAUUGGUCCUUUCCUUCCCAGUACAAAUUACGACGCCACCUUGAAUGUCAUAAGGGUACAAAAUUGUAUGUGUGUGAUAUUGGUGGUUGUAGCAGAACAUUUACAACUGUUUACAACCUCAACGCCCAUAAGAGGCUCCACUACCGACCCUGCCUGAAUGAGUGUCCACUAGGCACCUGCAGACAGCGAUUUCCAACCAAGAAGCAGUUGGACCUCCAUCUAAAGGAGCAUGAGGAUGAUGUUGAGAGACCUUACCAGUGCCCAGAGCCAGGCUGCGACCGAGGCUUUUACUGCAGCAAUUCCCUGGCUUCCCACCUGCGGAGUCACAACUCACGCAUGCCCAAGAUCUGUCCGGUAGAAGGCUGUGGCAAGGAGUUUGACAAGGAGUGCAGAUUGAAGCAGCAUUUGCGUAGUCACACAGGAGAAAGGCCUUACAUUUGUGGCGAAGAGGGUUGUGGAUGGUCGUUUACAAGUGCCAGUAAACUGACAAGACACAUGAAGUCGCACUCACAAGAGCGUAACUAUCUCUGUCCGCAUGAGAACUGCACCAAAAGAUUCAUGCGUGCAGAACACCUAAAAGCACAUGUUAACACGCACACAGGGGAACGGCCGUUCGUUUGCCGAUUUGAACAGUGCCAGGCUCGUUUCACGGCACGGCAGAGCCUCUAUGCACAUCUGAAGAAGCACAGUGCUGCAGACCUGCACUACAGGGUAGUCUACCACUGCCCUGUAGAUGGAUGCGACAAGAAGUAUAGUACACAGAGUAGCCUCAAGGUUCAUGUUUCAAAACUGCACUCGGAAGUUGAUAUUCAGCAGCUUGACUUUCUUGCAUACGUAUCAACAGAGGAGAUGCCAACACUGGAAAAUUUGACUCAGUUAUCACAAGAAGAUGAAGGCAUACAAACAAAUGGCGAAAACAUACUUGAAGAUGUUAAACCUACUGUGGCCAAUAUCACGAGUGCAACACAAUUCAUUACUGAAACAGCAUCCACAAGUCCAUCGCCAGGCCUACAAGAGAUGUCAACCCAGCUCGUUGGAAAUAAUGUUGUCACACAGUUUGUGGUGCCUGCAGACCUCACUGAGUCUCAUCUGACUAGCAUCGGUCACCAGACAACAGCAUUCACCGAGAUAGAUUCAACUGGUGAAACUUUGUUGCCACUCAGAGAGGGAUCUGCACGGACAGAUGUGCUGGCAACUACGAUCCUGUGUGACAGAGUGCGUCGACGUAGGAAGCGUCCACUGAGCAUUAGCAGCGACAGCAGUGUGACAACCAGUGACAUUGUGUUACCACCUCCCAGUAUCAGCUUUCAGACUCAGUUGCUACAGGAUGACCCUCCUCUGCUAACUCCAUGUGAUAUACUAGUGGAGGGCGCACUGCCGCCAUCUAGUACAACACAGUCUGUACUCGCAUUGGGCGCUGUAGGGAGCCAGGUUGAUGUUGCUUCAACGCGAGAAAUUGUCAGCCAAAGUCAGCCGCUGGAUAUAGUGAUCAGCCAAUCAGCGCUGUGUGUCGUGUCUAGUGCUAGUCGGACCUUAUCACCAGAGCUGCUAAUGGCAAAUGAUCUAGGCUCAUCUCUCAGCACCAGCAUACUAAACGAGAAUGCAAGUGAUUUCACAGGGUCGUCUAUUAACCUGAUACAGGAAUUGGAUGUAGAAUAGAAGCGUCAGCUAAUAGAAGUUUUGUAUUUUUUAAAUGGUGGAAUGCGUGUGUGCAAGCUAUAUUGUGUAUAUCAUAUAUACACGUAUUGUUUCACCAUGGCAGAGAUUGACAUUAAAGGUUAUAAUUUAUUUUAUUAUAAACCUGCUCAUUGUUAUAUUAGGCAUGAUGACGAAAUGUUGAAGAGAUGUAUAUGUGUACAUUUAUAUAUGUGACGAUCAAACUAGGUAAAUGUUGCAAGUUUUUAGUCACAGCUGUCACUUGUGGCUUUUAUAAAGCUUAUUAGACAGAAUAAUGCAGUGUUAUAUAUUGCCAAUAAAUAGCACAGACAGUCAUGGUUAAUGAAAUGUACAUUUUGAGGGUCCCGAUUAAAUAAAAUUGCAGAGAACGGAGA